AUGGGGAAAAAGAUAGAGAGCAUUGAGGUUAUUGAUGCAGAGAAGAGGCGGCAACCAAGCAAACAUUAUGUCUAUGUUAUUGUAGUGACUUGGUCGGAUGGGUCAAGAGUCAUAGUAUACAGAAGAUAUAGUCGCUUUUUUGACCUACAGACAAGAUUGUUGGAUCAUUUCCCUAUAGAAGCUGGUACUAUUGAUCCGGAGAAGAGACUGAUUCCAUUUUUACCAGGAAAAAUAUUUUUUGGACGAAGUCAGAUUAAAGAUGUAGCUAUGAAAAGAUUGAGGGAAAUUGAUGAGUACUGUAAGAAUUUAAUUAAAUUACCACCUCAUAUCUCAGAAUGUGAUGAUGUCCUUGAGUUUUUUGAGGUGGAGCCAGAAGAUCUUGAUCCACCAACAGACAAAGAAGAAGAAAGCUUAAGCUUUAAUUCACUGCUCAGACCAAAGAGCUCUCAAGAAAUCAAAGCAGAGAAGAUCUCCAGGCCAAAAAGAUUUGAGUGCUAUGUUGCAGUAGCCGAGUAUUCUGUACAAGCACCUGGUGAAUUAUCACUGAAGCCUGGACUUAAAGUUGAGGUUCUGGAGAAAAGUGAUAGUGGCUGGUGGUUUGUGAACUCUCACGAUGAGCAAGGAUGGGUGCCCAGCACUUACUUAGAAAGAGAAGGAGGUUCAGAUCCACUGGAGAAGCAGGGCCAAAAAGCAGGCCCCGGUGAAGAGGAGAACUACAUUUGUAUAGAGAAAUUUGAUGCUGCCGGUGCUGAUGAAGUCAGCUUGGAGAAGGGGUCAGUAGUUCAGGUUCUACAGAAAAAUUUGGAUGGCUGGUGGCUCAUUAG